UGCCCGGAGGCCGCGCUGGGGCUGCCUUGCCAUGGGGAAUGGUCCGAGCAGCCGCAGGAGGGUGUGCUUGGUCAUGUCCUCAGGGGGCUUCUUCUCCACCAUCUUUUCCAGUUUGUUUGGAACUCGGGAGAUGAGGAUUCUCAUCCUGGGGCUGGAUGGAGCAGGAAAAACAACCAUUCUCUACAGGUUACAGGUUGGAGAAGUUGUUACCACCAUUCCAACCAUUGGCUUCAAUGUUGAGACGGUAACCUACAAGAAUCUGAAAUUUCAAGUCUGGGACUUAGGAGGACAGACAAGCAUAAGGCCCUACUGGCGGUGUUACUAUUCAAACACAGACGCCGUCAUUUAUGUAGUGGACAGCUGUGAUCGAGACAGAAUUGGCACUUCAAAAUCAGAGCUUGUUGCUAUGUUAGAGGAAGAAGAGCUGAAGAAAGCCAUUUUGGUGGUGUUUGCAAAUAAACAGGACAUGGAACAGGCCAUGACUCCCACAGAAAUGGCAAAUGCCCUUGGCUUACCAGCCUUGAAGGACCGAAAAUGGCAGAUAUUCAAAACCUCUGCAACUAAAGGCACAGGGCUUGAUGAAGCAAUGGAAUGGUUGGUGGAGGCCUUGAAGAGCAGGCAGUGAUACAAAACUGACCAGUGCAAGGAAGUGUCAGCUAUAGCCAGCAUCCUCCUUUCUGCAGUUAAGUAUGUUCAGGCCACAGAUACUUGUAAAUAGAUCAGAUUUGAGUUUGACUUCUGUAAUGUGGAUGCCUCUCUUCAAUUGUAAAACUGAAAUAAGUGAAUGUGUACAUUAUGAUACUCCAUUUCUUACUUUUUGUUUAAAGAAUGUACUUAUGUUAAUUUGUAUGGAAGUCUUACUGGCUGAGAAAGUUGGUGGGUUUUUUUUUUGUCAUCCCCCCUUCCUUUGGUGGUUUGGUGGCCAGCAUAUUGGUGUAGAUAGAACACUAAUAAAAUCUGGAACUGUCAGCUAUA